AGCUGCUAACAAAGAGACGCGGACGUUAUCAACACAUCGCUAAGUAGAGAUCAAAUGUGAGUGUAAAGUGUUGUGAUUGUGGGAAAAUGUGCGAAAGAACGAUAGCAAAGUACGAGGAGGAACUUUGUCCAACAAAAGAGGAGAAGGAGCGACAACAUCAACUACUGGACGCUGUUUUCAAGAAACAUCAAGUUGUGUUACACAGAACAGACAUCCAGCAGCCCCCCCACAUUAAAGAGGAAGAGGAGGAAGUGUGGAUCACUCAGGAGGGAGAGUGUCUUAUCGGGCAGGAGGAGGAUGAUGUCAGCAAGUUUCCACUGACUGUUGUCUCUGUGAAGACUGAAGAGCAUGAAGACAAACCACCUGAGUCCUCACAGCUUCAUCACAGUCCAAACGUCCAGCAGGUGUCAGCGGGGAGUCAUGAAGAGGAGUGGCACACCAGUGUGGGACAGAAGGAGCUACAGGCCCCCUCCCACAUUAAAGAGGAGCAGCUUCAUGAUGAAGAUGAAGCUCAGUCCUUACAGCUUCAUCACAGUCAAAGUGAGGAGAACAGAGGGGCGGAGCUUGUAAGUCAACACAUCACAGAAGCUGAUGGAGAGCAUUGUGAAGAUAUAAAGUCAGAACCAGACAGCAUCUUUGCUCCACUGUCAGACAUGGACCACAUGAUGUCAGACUCUUCUGAUCACAGUGACCACAUCCAAAAACCUUUGGAGAGUAAAAAAGACUCUAAAGGUGAUACGAGACAUCACACUAACAACACACACUUUGACUGCUCUGAAUGUGGGAAAUCAUUCAGACAGAAGAGUCAUUUUACAGUACACAUGAAAAUACAUACUGGAGAGAAACCUUUUACUUGCUCUGUUUGUAAGAAGAGUUUCUCCAGAAAGGGUAAUAUGACCACACACAUGAGAACACACACUGGAGAGAAACCGUUUACUUGCUCAGCUUGUGCUAAAAGAUUCACCACUAAGAAUGAAAUGGUAUUACACAUGAGAACACAUACUGGAGAGAAACCUUUUACUUGCUCGGCUUGUGAUAAACAAGUCAACACUAAGUAUGACAUGCUAUUACACAUGAGAACACACACUGGUGAGAAACCUUUUACUUGCUCUGCUUGUAAGAAGAGUUUCUCCACAAAGCGUGAAAUUACCGCACACAUGAGCAUGCAUACUGGAGAGAAACCUUUUACUUGCUCGUUUUGUAAGAAGGGUUUCUCCAGAAAGCUUGUCAUGACCAGACACAUGAGAAUACAUACUGGCGAGAAACCUUUUCCAUGCUCAGUGUGUCCCAAAAGAUUCUCCGUAAAUUCCCAUAUGAGAAAACACAUGAGAACACACACUGGAGAAAAACCUUUUGCUUGCUCAGUUUGUGCUAAAAGAGUCAACACUAAGUGUGACAUGAUAGUACACAUGAGAACACACACUGGUGAGAAACCUUUUACUUGCUCUGUUUGUAAGAAGAGUUUCUCCAACAAGCAACCCAUGACCACACACAUGAGAACACACACUGGAGAGAAACCUUUUACUUGCUCUGUUUGUAAGAAGAGCUUCUCCAACAAGCAACACAUGACCACACACAUGAGAACACACACUGGAGAGAAACUGUUUAGUUGCGCUGUGUGUCUUAAAAGGUUCAUGUACAAGAAUCAGGUCAGUAAACACAAGUGUGUAACAGUCAUGGAAGCUGCAGGGAUUUAAAAUGUGCUAAAUGUAGUUUAAAAACACAGCAUGUUUAAUAUGAAUGUAUAUUUGAUGUUGUAUGUAGUGCUUCUCAUCUUCUAGUCUUAUAUGUUGUCCUGUAGUUACUUUUUAAUUUAUGUGCAUUUAUUGAAUAUUUUAUAUGUAGCUACUAUUUUAUUUUAUUUUGUCAUUGUUAAACAGAGGACAUUUUAUUAUUUUCAUUUGUUUUUGUGUCUUGAUGUUGUUGUCCAAUUAAACAUAUGACUGAAUAAAAUGGUUAACAAAAUGUGGACUCUGGUAGAUUAGCAGCAUUGUUACAUCAUGGAUGUUAACUACUGCAAAACAUCAACAAAGAAGAAAAAGGCUGAAGUUAGCAACACAUCACUGAACUUUAGAGCCAUCGUGAGUGGAGUUGCUUGUUUUUAUUGCUGCAUUUGUACUUAUUUCACCUCACAUCUUCACUUUUAAUCCUAAAGUCUUCUUCAAAUAUAUUGUUGUAGGCUUCUAAGAUUGAUGUUUCUGUCGUGUGUGUGUUUAGUCUGUGGAAAGGGUUCACUUGCACAAAUACGUCAU